CGAGGACGAACGGGAGAAGAAACAGCAGGAGAGAGAGCGGGAGAAGGAGAAGGAGGAGGAGAGGGAGGAGCAGCAGGAGAACGAGCGGGAGCAGGGCUAUGGCGGGAUCUUUGUCACGUUGUUUAGCGGAGGAGGAGCGGGAGGGGGAGGAGGAGGAGUGGGAGGAGCGGGAGAAGGAGCGGGAGGAGGCGUGGAAGAAGGAGCGGGGAAGGACCGGGAGCAGGGCUAUGGCGCGGGAAGAGGAGCGGGAGGAGGGGGAGGAGGAACGGGGGGAAAAACAGAAGCAGCGGAAGGAGGACGAGCAGCAGCAGGAGCGGGAGGAGCAGCAACAGAGGGAGCAGGAGAAAGAGAGGGAGGAGGAGAGAGAGGAGGAGCGGGAGAAGAAGCGGGAGCGGGGCUAUGACGGCAUCUUUGUCACGUUGUUUGGUGGAGGAGGAGGAGUGGGACGAGCGGGAGGAGGAGCGGGAGGAGGAGUGGGAGAAAGAGGGGGAGAAGGAGGGGGAGGGGAUUCAGGAUGGGGUUGCAUCUCACAGCCCUUUGCUCCAUACUCUCCUCCUCAUUUUGUGCAUUCGAAGGCUGCUCGGUUCAUGUACACAUGAAACUGUUCAGGCGGCCCUGCCUGGGCGCGUGCGCGC